AUGGGCAUCCGCAAUACGCGGCCGUUGCCUCUGGCGAGCGAAGAGCUGAUGCUGGCCCCGUUCUUUAAGCGGCGCUUCCGCUCCUGGCAUCUGGAGCAUGUGCGGCUGGCACUGCAGCGCUACCGACUGCUCACGCCGCGUUUUUGCGUGGACGCGCUGCAGCUCAGCACUAUCCUGGGAAUUAAGGAGAAGAAGCUCGUGGACGACGUAAUGCGGCUCUUCUUACCGCGGACACCCACCAGAGUGCAGUGUAUGGUGGACGUUAUGGAGAUACUCAUCGCGCUAGUUCUGGUUUGCCAGGCGCCCAGUAUGCUGCAGCGAUUCGAGCUGAUAUUCGAUAUAGUGGACUUGGAGGCUAGAGGGGCCAUCUCGACGACGGACUUGAUAAUGUUGUGUGGGGCGGUGGGACGAGCUAUAAUGAAGCUAUUUGAAUACACGGUGAAGCCUGAACAGCAGGCAGCGAUGGCGUAUACUACAGACGUACUGGAUUCGCUUGGUGGGAGCAGAAACGAUUCGAUUAGCAAGGAAAUGCUUUGUAAAUUUAUGGUGUCGGACCGUUUUGCCGUUCACUACACGAAGCAGUGCACUGGCGAAGAUAAACCGAAGCUCUACAUUAUGUUGGAGAAGAAUUCGGAGUUUCUGGGAGCUGUCGAGUUUAGUAGCGAGCAGCAUAUGCAAGCGACGUCAUUGAGGACAGUACGGGACAUGAUUUACACGCAGGUACACCGAGUUCCCGAGGAUUUUUCAUUCCUCUGUCAAGGCCGUGAAUUAAAUAAGGUGUGGGAAGUGGAUCGUCGAGCCUGGUCUGUUGUGCCGUUUGCAUUGCGGGGAUCACCAGGGCUGCGAGCCGAUAUCCUCGCCAGAAAUCGUGGUCUUCAACGACCUAAAGCUGUAAAUGCUUUCGAGUUUCGUUACAUGGGCAAUCUUAUCACACGCUACAAGAAGUCUAUCCAUGAUAUCAAGCCUGUUUACAAGCACCACGCCUUUCGUCUACGGGGGAAAGCGCCUAGAAAACAUUUGGAAGCGGCCGUAGAGUGGCGCGUGGCGACUACUUGGAGUGGCGAAUGGAUGUACGAGCAGCAACGAGUUAGGUCGACAACAAGGCCCGGCAUCUUGAAGGCUCUGCGAGCAUCAGCUCGACCUCAGCAAGGAGUUCUCGUGGUAAAAUCGCAUUUUGGAGAAAUUCUCUCGUCAUCUUCCAUGGAUGAUACUGCAAACGGAGACAAAGAGUGGGAUCAACGUCAUUCAACACAGCUAGAAGGCACGCCGUCGACACCACCACAACCUGAACGGCGAAUGCAGCGAAUUGUCUCGCUGAGUUUGAGAGAGCGCAAACGUGAAGAUAAGCUACGUAAGCAAAGAAUGCAGUGGAAGGCAAGACUUAUCGCGAUGGAAGCCCAACAUCAAACGGAGAAAAACGUGACAACUGUGUUGGUUCAUAUCGAAGAAGACAACAUUCUGCCGUCGCGUCUUGUUCGCUGUGAACCCAAGAAGAGACGGAGGCCAAAAAAAUCGGAGUGGAAAACUUGGCGAUGGGGCGUACCUGGAAGGCUGCUAUCUUCUUUACCUCCGAGGCGCAAGAUGAUGAAGGCUUCGAAAAUCAGCGAUGAUAUUUGUUUGGCUCCGCCACCAGGAACUUCAACAAACCAGGAGCUUGGGCUUGGUAAGUUUCUCAGCUCAACGAACAUUUUUCUUGAAGACGAUGAAGUGGAAGUCUUCCCCGUACUGAUUAUUCGACCUCUUGGAGAGCAAGUUUGUGUACUGGAGAAGCCUUUGUUUGCGAACAAAGCAUAUUUGACGGAGUUUGAGUAUGAAAUCAGCGCGAGGGAAAGCAAUUACGAAGCUCUCUACCAGCAUGUUGGUAGUGGAUUACUCCAGGAUGCCAUUUGGCUGAAUCGGCGUGACGCUUGUGGUCGCACGAUGCUGCAUGAUGCAGCCGAGUUUGGGCAUGCAAACGUGAUGGAGCUGUUAUUGAAAGCCCGUGUUCUCGUCGAUGUUAAGGAUAGCGGAGGAGAUACACCACUCCAUCAUGCCGCUCGCAACGGACGGUUGAAGGAGGUGGUUAUACUUUUGCGAGAGCGUGCAACACCGUGGUUACCGAACGCCGAGGGGAAAUCCCCACUCUAUUUGAUCGAUUUACUCUGGAAUAAUUACAAAGUGGAGGAUCUCGUGCGUAAGGACGGCUAUGAUCGUACGAAUUGCGUAGAGCUCGAGAAAGAAGUUUACGGCGAUAUGAUCCAAGCUUGCCAUGACGGAAAUUUGCUGCGAGUUCAAAAGCUAGUGGAGUUGGACAAACGAUCUGUUCUACAGUUCAUCAACGAACAAAUGGAGAUCUUGCAGCGUACAGCACUUCAUGAGGCUGCGGAGCAGGGUCACACAGCUACAGUGAAUUUGCUGGUGAAGCUCGGUGCUGAUGGUUUCUUGACGGAUCAACGUCUACAGGUUCCAUUGCAUUUGGCUGCUUGGAAAGGAUUCGAUAAAAUCGCAAAGUGUCUGGUCACAAAGUUCCCGCAAACGGCGGCAUAUCAAGACAUAGCUGGUUGCACGCCACUCCAUUUAGCGGUUCAGCAAAAGCACUGGGGCAUUGCAGCGGACCUCAUCUGCGCCAUACAAGCGAGAGGAGACGUGAUCGUGCAUUGCUUGAAUCUCCACGAUAUUCACGGGUAUACUGCGUUGCACUAUGCUUGCAUUCACGGCAACUUCAAGAUCUGUAAGGCAUUGGUUAGUGCAGGGGCUACUACAACGACUCUACGAUGCGAAUAUCGAGUUCCAGCAGGAUCUCCGCAUCUUUUGGGAAGAUGGUGGAAAGGAAACGUCAAGCGAGUUGGGAAACGCAAGAGUCUGAUGAAGGAAGCUGACCAAAUCAAAGUUUUCGACGUCGAAGCAGCCGAACUAGUGGUACAAGGGUGCAAGCAGAACUUCUCGAAUUAUCAGGAACGACUAGCUAUGCUUGAACUUCUUUUUAAUCUCGAAAAUGUCGACGAUUCUAGCCGCGAAAAGCCGACUCCCGUGAGGAUGGCCACGUCCCCAGUAUUCCACAUUGCUGCUCAGCUGGCAGACAUCAAUAUUAGUAUCGCGGUGGAAAUGUGUCGCCAGCUUCACAAACUACAAGUUGAAAUCAACAUGCCACACCCUCGAACGGGUGAAACGGUGCUGCUUCAGGAGUGUAAACGAAUCUGCAGAGUAGCAAAGAAUUGCUCUGGCAUGAGCUCUCAAUACGCAGACGGAGCGAUGGACCAAUUGGCACUUGUUCGGUGUUUGUUGGAGCUGGGGGCAAAUGUUGACCUGGCAAAUGAAGUCAACGGUGAAUCACCGCUUGGAUGUGCGGCAUGGUAUGGACACUUAGCGCUCCUGGACUUACUUUUGGAGGCCGGUGCUGAUAAGGACAAAUUCCUUCGACAAUGUUCGUUCUCGCCGCUGCAUUUUGCUGCGUUGGGGAAUAACGUUGUAUGCGCAAAGAUGCUCAUUAGUAGCUCUGCAACUGUAAAUGUUGAGAUGCCUCCAACAAAUGCCGAAACGCCACUAUACUUUGCGAUUCGUUCGAAAAGUGCAGAAAUGGUGGAUCUACUUCUCCGCAGUAACGCUGAUCCCUGCUCACCAUGUACUGUGCAGCAAGGUUGCUCUUCAUUUGGAGUCAUUUUCUCACUCCCAGAUGGGUGUAUCAGUCGAGCUGAGGAAGGUGCUAGCACUGAGCAUCAGGGAGUCGGUACUGCGCGAAUUGUUGCUUCACCGCUGACAUUUGGACUGCUGGUGUCUCAGUCUUUGAAGGAAUGCCGUCUCCCGAAAGAAUUGAGUUGUACGGUGGAACGCUCACGGAGGCAGACUCAGUGGGAAGACAUGAAGUCGAUUUGUACGAUGAUUGCAAAGCGAUUGCUCGAAGUUAACGGUGGAAGUAAAGGCAUAGUAACGCGUGGUGACAUCCUCUUAGCCUGCGCAAUGGGAUUCUGGGAACUUGUGCAACUGCUUCUGACCCAGCAAAUCUCACUAUCGAAUGCUCCAAGCGUGUUUGGUAUGAACGCUCUGCAUUUGGCCGCUGCUGCAGGCCAAACAAAGGUCGUUACUGCGUUGGUCGCGGGUGGAAUGAACGUCAAUUGCAUUACUCGAAGUGAUUCAUCAAAACCACAGCGAUCUGAAGGACGGAGAUCGUGGUAUGAGUGGAGUGGAUGUGGACACAGAGGGGCUCUCUUCUACGCUUUGAUACACGGUCACGCAGAAACAGCAGCGAAGCUUUUGGUGCUUGGAGCAAAAGCUGAACAGACACCAGGGAUGAGCAGCACAAACAUGCCAACUGAAACGAUUAUCCACAUCGCCAUCUCUUACGGACACUUGACGAUGGUGGAGUACUUUGCGAAACUCGCUCAGAAUAGCUUUCCAGGGAGCCUCCACCGUGAAGGCAAAGUCUUUAAGAGUCUUCUGGUUACUGCUUGUGAGGCACACCAAAUUCAAAUCUUACGCUUUCUUUUGAAGCAUGACGGAGUUGACGGUGGAGGUUUUACCUACAGUGAAUGCAGAGACGAGUUCCAGAGUGCACUGUGUACUUGUGCAACUUUUCAGUUUGUGGAGGGAUUCGAGGUGCUGAUCCAGUGUGGAGCUCGACCUGAUGUGAACACCCUUCAUCGCUCGUCAUUUUCUUUCCCGGGGAAGAGACGUCCACAUGACUUCAGGAGUAAUUCCGUCGGAAUUGCCACAAAGCUAUUGGAACUGGUCCUUUCGUCUAACUUCAUGGAUGACAUCGAUGAAUUUUUGGGGCCGAGCCCAGUCUAUGAGCUGAUGUUCAAAAUCCUGGUUAUAUGUUCGCGGAACGGCCUAUGGUUUGUUCUGGACGAGUUAUUUAUUCUUCAUCAGGACAGCUUUGUGGAUGCUACGAGUAUUUGGAAGCCUGUUCUCGUGCGGGCAGCGAUAAGCUGUUUGGUAUUGCACAGAGCUGCCAUGGACAAUCAGGUGAACUUGGUCGCAUUUUUUCUUCGUCUUGGUGCUCCAGCGGAUUUACGACUCGGCAAAACUCGACCGACGAAGUGUCCAAUAUGGUAUGCUGGAUCGAGAGGAUCUCUGGAAGCGUUUCUGUGCUUGGCCUUGCACUCAGAAACGUUUGCGAGAGACCUGGAGCUCGAUGCACUCCGAAAGUUCGAUUUUACGUUCUUGCCACUUGUUUUCCGAUCUAUUGACGAAUCCCGAGGCACUUUGUCGACCUCAAAUACCACAUGUCGAUGGCAAAACCUGAGUGCGUUCAGCUGCAUUGAACUCCCGAAAAGGCAUACAAAUGGAUUAUUAAUUCAAAAGUUCGUCAACUAUGGACUCUUGAUAUCUCGCGGGCACAGUGACACCUCCCUGCUACAUCAUGCCUCUCGACGAGGAGAGUUGAUCGCCGUUCAAGCUCUUGUUAAAGCUGGUGCUGACCUAACGGAAACCAACCAAAAUGGAGUCACCCCAUUGGAAAUCGCAAGCGGCAGAAAGGAUGGGUUUGGCCUGAGCAUCGUACGCCACCUGAUAGCGGCAAUAGCACAACAAAAGCUUUCUUCAGCAGCAACCAUCAUUGAUCGGGCGUUAAUUCGCUGUUUUGCCCAGGAAUCUCCAUACGCUCUUAGAAUUGCGCAAGCGUUGUUGAAUGCUGGAGCGAGCCCUCGCUUUUCCUGUAAUGCAACGGAAAAAGAAGCUAACGUGUGUGGGUUUGCCCGGAUUUCUGCAAUGUUUUUCGCAAUGAAAACAGCUAAUUCCGCAGGAGUGAGGCUGCUUGUGGAUCAUGGAGCUGCAAUUACUGUUGGGUUGUCAGAAGUGUUUUUGGCGCAGUUCGUGAUAGCUGCACAGCAUCCUGUAAAGCGCCACUGGAGAAGAUUUUCGAAGUAUUUGAAACAGAGCAACGGGAGAAAAUUACUGUUGGACAUUGAAACUAUCAUGAAGACCCUCUUGGAGAAGGAGGUGUUUCCAACUGCCGUGAAUGCCGAUCUGGUCCUUCAGAUGCUCACUUCUGCCUCCGCCAUGGCUGCUACAAUCGCCCAUGCAGUAGACGACAGCAAGAGGUUUUGGGGUAUCGCUGACACGAUCCUGGAUAAAUUCCCAAAAGAGGCAAGCAGUCGGACAGCCGAGUGGAAUCAGAAAGCUGCCCUUCACUAUGCUGUGGCAAGUCUAGAACUUCCGAUUGUGGCUAAAUUAGCUAAGCUACGAGGAUUUGAUCUGCUAGCCCAAGACGAAAACAAGCAGACGUCACUCCACUUGGCUGCUGUUGGCGGUGACGAGACUAUUUGCCGUGUUCUUCUAGAAAAGCUGCACUCAAAUACUGUGAAGGCAACUGCAAUAGACGCUCAGGAUAGCCGUGGUCGAACUGCCUUGCAUCUCGCUGUUAUUCAUGGCCACGAGACAAUUGCAAGUAUGAUCGUUGCUGCUGGAGCUUCGCUCGAUGUACGCUGCCGUGAAGGCUUGACUGCGUUGCUGUAUGCUGCGAAAUGCAAUCGACUGGCCAUCCUAAUUGCAUUAUUUUCGCGAGCACAGCCAAAGCCGCAUAACGCUUUGCUUACAGUACACCAGGAAGCUGGCAUCUUCGUAGCUGCACGAUCUGGAGCAUUCUCUGUUGUUCGGUGGUUCCUGAAUUUGUACGAGAACGAGAGCAAGACUGAUGCACACAACACGACGGUUCUGAACGGAAGAAGAACGAUGUUUAAUAUGCAAUGUAGCGACGAGCGGACAGUCCUCCACUACGCAGCCAUCUACGGGAACGAGGAAACGCUUCAGCAACUAAAGGUGACUGAAGACGGCGUUAAAUCUGGACUCGUGGAUGUUGUGAACGCUCGAGAUAAGUUCGGAUACACUUCGUUGAUGUACGCUAUUGCAUUUGGCCGACUCAGAGUUGUUCGGUCUCUGUGUGAACUCGGUGCAGACCCGUUCACAAGUAUUGAUCACUCUGGAGAUCCUGGUGCGCACCCUUACACUACUGGAUUCGACAUUGCUGGUCUCCUGCAGUGGUUUGCAUUGCCCGGAUGGUACUCGUUUGCUUGCAAAUAUCUCUCUCCUCAAGAAAAAAUGAGCCUCGUACGCUCCACCUCUAUUUAUGACGAUUACUUGCGGCAUUCGAGCUACACCAAGAGAAAGAAACGAGACAAACCUCCAGUGGAAUGGCGCACCCAGAUCCGGACAUCCAUGCGCUCUUGGCGAUUCCCUUAUAAGUCCAUCUUUGACUACGCGUGCGAGAUUGGGAACGCGCAGAUCGUGGACUUCCUGGUGAGCUUGCGUCUUCCACAGACUUUCCGUGGUUUAACAUACCAAGCACAGCGACGCAACUUCAUGCAGGCCGUGCGCUGGAAUCGUCUAGAGAUCGUUAAGACUCUUAUCACGUCAGCAGCUGGGAGUAUUGUGAUUGAAUCAACGACAGGAAACCACUUUAUGAACUUCUUGGAGACAGGCAUUGAGUGUGCAGUCUCGCGUGGACUGGAAGAUAUGGCGAUCUAUUUGGUAGACAAGUGGCAAGGGAUCAUGGAAAAUGGUCGUGACGGGGCGACUCCAAGUGCCUUCGCAUUCCAAUUCGCACCAGCUUUCCAAGUCGCGUGUAUUCGACGAAUGUCGAGACUUAUGGAGCGAAUGAUCGAGCGUGGCGGAGAGGAGAUAAUUGAGUUUCAUCUGAAUGAAGGCCCUGCUCUCGUCUACGCUUUUGCGUUCGGCUACGUGGAGAUAGCGGACUUACUACUUCGCAAUGGAGCAGACCCUGCCAUGGCCACAGCCACGUACUCGGCUCCUUCAAUUCGAAAAUGGGUGGAAUUUGGUCGUCCGAAAAGUGCCGUCCUGCAUUUGUGGGACCUCUGA